AACAUUUAUGUGUAUAUGGACUUCCACUGCACUUGUUUGGGGAACUAUUUGGCUUAUUUGAGCAGUGGCACCUACAAACAGUAUGGCUUUUGGAAGGCUUUUGAGAUUGUUUCUUCAUGGUGGACAGCACUUACUGAAAUCACAGUCACAAUGACGCUCCAGUGGACGGCUGUGGCUUUCUUCCUCUAUGCAGAGAUAGCACUGAACCUCAUCUUGUGUAUACCCUUCAUUUCAGCAAGCAGAUGGCGUUCUGUUUUCAGCUGGAGAAUAUGGAACUGGUUGACUCCAUAUUGGAACAAAUGCUUUUUUACCAUGAUCAUGGUUCUUAUUGUUCUUUUCCUUGAUGCUGUCCGGGAGGUGCACAAGUACUCAGGUGCUGAGCCAAUGCACGAUGUCAAGAUUAACCCAAAUUUGUUCGACAAUGUCCACAUGAAGCUGUUCAGAGCGCAGAGGAACCUCUACAUAUCUGGCUUCUCGCUCUUCCUCUGGCUUAUCAUGCGCCGGACUGUCACCUUGCUGAACCAGGUGGCUGUCACCGUGGAGAACAGUGCAGGUCUUCAGGCACAGACGGACAGUGCUGUCAAAGCAGCAAAGCAGCAUCAGGAUGACAACCUGAAGCUCAAGCAAGCGCUCCUAAAUGAAGAAAAAGCCAUGUCAGCAAAAAACCAGCUACUGAAGCUGGAGACUGAGAAGCUGGCAGAUCAAGUGAAGGCUUCUGAGGAAGCUGUGCGCAAGUCUUGUGCUGAAGUGGAGGCCAUGAAGAGGCAGUCUAAGGGUCUGGCACAAGAGUAUGACAGACUGUUGAGUGAACACCAUCAACUCCAGAAUGUCAAGAGUGGAGAUAAAAAGGAUCAGUAACCAAAGGAACACAGGGUCUAUUGUUGUCAGGUCUCUCCACUUCCUGUACAUGGAUACCUUUACUUCUCAUCACAUUGGAACUAUGGUAUAUGCAGAAUGUUUGUUUAAAUAUGUUUUUGUGGUUGCUUUGCAUGUAACUAAGGAUUAGAAGUGUACAAAUGAGUUUAAAUGUUGUCUCAGGGACCCAUGCUAACGUUGGUGAUGACUGAAACAGUUAACAUCCAAGAAAUACCUUAUACUAAACUGUAUGUCACUGCAGAGAGAUUGCGCACCGGUUUAUGAAUUGCUAUGAAUUCUGAUAUUUGUUACCGGAAGAGAGCACUGAAGUUGUUCUAACAGAUGUUCAAAUUCUUGAAAAUGACACAAAUGAUGUGCAUUUUAAUAUUACUUAGCAUCCUUGAAUGGAAUAUCUAUCUAAAUACGUGUGAUUUGACAAAAUGUACUUAAACUAAAUAGAGUUGUUGUUGCUAUUUUUGACAUUUUAUAAUUUGUUAAUAAUUUGGUUGGUAAAUGACAAAGGCAUGAGCAAUGAGAAAAUAAACAAAUAUAACCCGCA